AGGCGCCGGGGUGGGCCGCGCCGCGGCGGGCGGGCGGGGGGGCGCUUCCUGGGGCCGCGCGUCCAGGGAGCUGCGCCGUCCGUCGGUCCGUCCGCCCGCAGGCGCUGCCCGAGCCACCCGAGCCACCGGAGCCGCGGGCCGCGGGGGCGUCGCGGGCCCAAGAUGCUCCCCUUCGCCUCCUGCCUCCCCGGGUCUCUGCUGCUCUGGACGCUGCUGCUGUUGCUCUUGGGGACAGCAUCUCCCCAGGAUUCGGAGGAGCCCGACAGCUACACGGAAUGCACAGAUGGUUAUGAGUGGGACCCUGGUAGCCAGCACUGCCGGGAUGUCAAUGAGUGCCUGACCAUCCCCGAGGCCUGCAAGGGGGAAAUGAAAUGCAUCAACCAUUACGGGGGCUACCUGUGCCUGCCCCGCUCGGCUGCUGUCAUCAACGACCUGCAUAGCGAGGGACCCCCGCCACCUGUGCCUCCUGCUUCCCACCCCAACCCCUGUCCACCAGGCUAUGAGCCCGACGAGCAGGAGAGCUGUGUGGACAUGGACGAGUGUGACCAGGCCCUGCAUGACUGUCGCCCCAGCCAGCAGUGCCAUAACCUGCCCGGCUCCUACCAGUGCACCUGCCCCGACGGCUAUCGCAAGAUUGGGCCAGAGUGCGUGGACAUAGAUGAGUGCCGCUACCGCUACUGCCAGCACCGCUGCGUGAACUUGCCUGGUUCCUUCAGCUGCCAGUGUGAGCCCGGCUUCCAGCUGGGACCCAACAACCGCUCCUGUGUGGAUGUGAAUGAGUGUGACAUGGGGGCCCCGUGUGAGCAGCGCUGCUUCAAUUCCUAUGGGACCUUCCUGUGUCGCUGCCACCAGGGCUACGAGCUGCACCGGGAUGGCUUCUCCUGCAACGAUAUCAAUGAGUGCAGCUACUCCAAUUACCUCUGCCAGUACCGCUGUGUGAAUGAGCCAGGCCGCUUCUCCUGUCACUGCCCCCAGGGUUACCAGUUGCUGGCCACACGCCUCUGCCAAGACAUUGAUGAGUGCGAGUUGGGGACGCACCAAUGCUCUGAGGCCCAGACCUGCGUCAACUUCUACGGGGGCUACCGCUGCGUGGACGCCAACCGCUGCGUGGAGCCAUAUGUCCAGGUGUCUGACAACCGCUGCCUCUGUCCGACUUCCAACCCCCUGUGCCGGGAGCAGCCUUCUUCCAUCGUGCACCGCUACAUGAGCAUCACCUCGGAGCGCAGCGUGCCCGCCGACGUGUUCCAGAUCCAGGCGACGUCCGUCUACCCCGGCGCUUACAACGCCUUUCACAUCCGUGCGGGAAACUCGCAGGGGGACUUCUACAUUCGGCAAAUCAACAAUGUCAGCGCCAUGCUGGUCCUUGCCCGGCCGGUGACAGGUCCCCGGGAAUAUGUGCUGGAUCUGGAGAUGGUCACCAUGAAUUCCCUCAUGAGCUACCGGGCCAGCUCUGUCCUGCGACUCACCGUCUUCGUGGGGGCCUACACCUUCUGAGGAGAUUACUGGCCUCCAGGAAGGGCUGCCCUCCCCGCAGACCCCUGCAGCCAUGGAGCCUGGGGCUCAGGGGUGACUGUGCUCUGCCAAAAGGGAAGAUGUUGUGAAGGGCGCAGAGGAAGGCAAUAAAGGGACAAAGAAGACAUCCUGGUGGCUGAGGUGGGUGGGGACCCUGCAGUGAGUCCCAGAUUGGGGGAGGGGGCAGGCCCACGGGAGGCAGGGCCAAGUCUGCCUAAAGGGGGCUCUGCUCAGGCCGACGGGCUCCAAUGGCGGGACCUGGGAGCCACAUCCUCGAGGCCGAUACAGGCUUAUGUACCAUGGGUAUCAGGCUCACCCUGGGUGGGGGAGGAGGUAAUAUGGCAAGCGGAGAUUUGGGCUUGGCUAGGGUGCAGGGGGCCAGAGAACCCCUGCUUGGGGAGCGCCAGAGGGCCCUGGGUUCCAGUCCUCACUUGGUCUCACACUAUGAACUUGGCCAAACUCUGGUAGCUGUGCCUCAGCCUUCCCAUCCAUAAAGUAAGGCGACUGGA